AUGUCGUUCCAAAACAGACCACGACGCCUCGCUGCUCAGAAAGCCCUCUCACGCCUUAAGAUUGAUGACAGUAAUAACGAAAGUGAAUCAGAGGCUACUAAUGAGGUUGAACAAUCCGAUUAUCAGGCUUCUGGGCCAUCAUCAUCCACCUCGACUGCUUCCUCAGGUGAGCCAAGUUCAAGUGAAGUUAUUUCGGCUGACGAGAACACUUCUCUCGACGAAGACGCUGGUCCUUGUCCAGAUGGGACAAAAAUUAAGGCAUACGGCCCUACUGUCCCUCCUCUGACUAACUUACUCCCUCCAUUCGGCCGCGUUGGUUUCACCUCUAAAAAGCCGCGCAAAAUAGCUCUGAAUAUAUUUCGAGAAGAAAUAAACUACAUUACCUCUGUUUGCAAUAAGCAUCAACACCCGUUCUCUUUCGUCCCACCACAAUCGCAACCUCAGUUAAAACCACACUUUUUCCUCGCUCAUGACUGGGGCUUCGUCAUGGACUUGCAGUGGCUGCCCGUUCCUGUUCAAUGCGCUAAUAACUGUUCCAGUGGGGAGGAAACAAGCUGCCCCUUGGCCUACCCCUCACUAGAGGCGUCCCAGAAGCAAGCCUCACAGCUAAUAAGUGCCUUAGCAGGGCAUCUAAUUGCUGCUUGCACUGAUGGAUUUGUUCGUGUCUUUCCUAUUCCUGCUACAGAUAACCGACCAAAUAUGCCGCCCGAAUUCAAAAUUGUACUGCCCACACAAAUUUCAGCAGAUCGUGUUCCAGAAAAUGUGUAUCGGUUUAAACCGAAGACCGUUUUUCGGUUGGCGCCCAGUUAUGGAUUGACUCUGUCUCAAAUGGUUAUUUCAGAUAUUCCUCCUUGGCUUGGCUGGCCGAACACGUUUGCCAUAAGAAGCGAAUUUCCCCACCGCCUUAUGGUGGCCUACACCAGUGGACACCUAGCAUUCUACAACCUCUCAGAGUUGAGCACCCACUUUGCCAAACUCGACAACCGUCUCCUUCGACCAAUAAUUCUUACGCAUUUAAUUCCUGGCCCUUUUACCUCUAUCGCCUUGCAUCCCCUCUACGAAAGCAUCGUUGCUGGACUGGGCCUCGACCGCGACAUAAACAUCUGGGACUUCGAGGACCCCGCGUGCAUUGAAGCCGGUCUGCCGGAGCUCACCUGGCCCACAACGCACAUGGGCUGGGGCGGUUGCGUUGUGUGGCCUCGGCCUGGGGACUGCCUUUGGGUGGGUCGAGAGGAGUACGUUUUCUCCUUCACCCAUAAUUCCGCUCGUGGGGGAGCAGUCUCCUUGGUUGGACUGAAGAAGCCUUCUGACGUGCCCCCUCGUAUGCGAGCCUACACUGCCUGUUUCCCAAUCGUCAGCCCUGUCGAAUGCUCCCGUUACUGUCUUGAAAAAGGAUUCGAAGCCACGACGUGUCUUGACUAUUCAGAAUCGUUGGCGUUCCUGGCCCAGGGCGACACCAACGGCGAAAUUCGGUUCCACUCCUGGGUGCCCAAACCGCGACGUAAGAACCAUCGAACCUAUCAGUGGAUAAUGCGAAAGCGGAAACACCAAUGCCCAAAGGGCGAAAAUGGCGAGGAUCAGCCUCUGCCUCCAUCGGCAGUUGACAUCACUGACGAGCUCAACUUUCUCGAAUUGAACGCCCUCGAAGAGCCCUUUGAAGAGCAAAUCCGACAAAACUGUGAACUAUGUGGAGAAGGCGGUCAAACUCUCUGUUGGCACAAAGUGAACGAGUUCUUUGAAUUUGUAUUUCGCGAAGGCGUGGGUUUGCAGAAGAGCAAAUUUGACUUCAUCAACUCCACUUUCUCAAGUAUAAGCAAGCUUGCUACCUCGCCGAACCCCGCCUCAGCCAGUUGGAUAGCUGUGGGGACCGGAUUCGGCAUCGUGCAGCUUAUAUGCCAUGAACAAUUUUACCACUCAAGUAUGGACGUCACACUGGGACGCCCUCCCCUCCCCGACGGUCCCAGGAAGGGCGGUUUUUACACCUCCACCCAGAACGACACCACCUCGUCUUCCGGCGGUGAUUCGGACAGUCGAGCCGACGACAGCGAAGCAACUAUUCCACUCCGUGAAGAACGUCUCUCGUAA